UCUGCAGUGACAGUAGCACCGAAUAGGAAGACAUGACUACUGAUUGAUCCCUUUGGCAAUGGAGAGCAUAUUUGCUUUCUGAGAAGUCUAAACUACUCGAUAAAGCAAUAUACAGGCACCGUCCAUCGUAUCUAGUCGAUAAACAAGACUCAAUGGUGGUCAUUGCUUUCCAGUUCAGUGGAAGUGGUAGACCCUGACCAGACCAGUCGCGGAGAUGUCCCAGUGGCUGAGGUUGCAGCAGCUCGACCCCAAAUACCUGGAGCAGGUGGACCAGCUGUACGAUGACACCUUUCCAAUGGCGGUGCGGCAGUACCUGAGCACCUGGAUCGAGAGCCAUGACUGGGAUUACGCAGCCAACGUGGACAAUGCGUCCUGUGCGACCCUGCGAUUUCACGACCUACUGCAUCAACUCGAUGACCAGUAUGACCGCUUCACGCUGGAGAAGGACUUCCUGUCCCAACACAACAUUCGUAAAAUCAAGCGCAAUCUACAGUCUCGUUUUGAGGAAGAUCCUGUUACCAUGGCUAUGAUCAUUAGCCGGAGCCUGAAAGAGGAAAGACUCAUCAUCAGCAUUGCAGAGCAAACAGAGAAAUCGCAGCCAGGUUCACAGACUGACAUGGUUUUGGAGAAACACAAGGAGCUCGACAACAAAGUGAAGGACCUCAAGAACCGGGUGCAGGAGACAGAGACGAACAUCAAAAACCUGGAGGACCUGCAGGAUGACUACGACUUCAAGAAGAAGGAUUUGUCAUGUCGAGAAGAAGGUAACUCCGCGCCCCAGAAAGAGGAUCUGAGGCGGCUCACUCUACACAUCCACAACCUCUACAUGAACCUGGACAAUAAGAGAAAGCCAUAUUUGUGUUCUCUCCUGCAGGAGGUGUUGAGUCAGAUGGCGAGCGCACUAAACCUGGCCGAACAGAUCGAGCACGAGCUCAUCUCCGUGGAGCUGCCCGACUGGCGGCGGCGCCAGCAGACGGCCAGCAUCGGCGGGCCGCCCAACGUCUGUCUGGACCAGCUGCAGAACUGGUUCACGGUGGUGGCUGAGAGUCUCCUUCAGGUACGCCAGCAGCUCAGGAAACUUCUAGAACUGGAACAGAAGUGCACGUACGACCACGACCCCAUCACCCUGAGUAAGACCUCGCUGGAUGAGAGGACGUUGAACCUCUUCAAGAACCUCAUCGUCAAUUCCAUGGUAGUGGAGAGGCAGCCGUGCAUGCCGACACACCCACAGAAGCCCAUGGUGCUGAAGACUGGAGUUCAGUUCACAGUCAAGCUCAGACUGUUGGCCAAAAUCCAGGAGUUGAACCACGCCGUGAAAGUGAAGGUCUUCUUUGACAAGAGCGUGACGGAGAAGCGGAAGGGAUGUCGCAAAUUUAAUAUCUUGGGCACCAACAUGAAAGUCAUGAACAUGGAGGAGUCAAACGGCAUGACGGCUGAAUUUCGCCAUCUGCAACUCAAGGAGCAGAAGGUGCAAGGAAGAACCAAUGACGGGCCCCUGAUCGUGACCGAGGAACUCCACAUCUUUAACUUCGAGGCAGAACUGUGUCACGGCGGACAAGUGAUGAAAUUGGAGACCAGCUCUCUGCCCGUAGUGGUCAUCUCCAACGUGUGCCAGCUGCCCAGUGGUUGGGCCUCCGUUAUGUGGUACAACAUGCUGACCACAGAACCCCAGAACAUGCUGUUUUUCAUGAAGCCGCCUCAGGCCACGUGGAGUCAGCUCUCGGAGGUCCUCAGCUGGCAGUUCUCCUCCGUCACCAAGCGGGGGCUCAACACAGAACAGCUCAACAUGCUGGGGGAGAAGCUUCUGGGCCCCAAGGCAGCGCAGGAUCCGGAGGCUACUGUGUCCUGGAAUAAAUUCUGCAGGGGAGGCAGUGAGCGAAACUUCACCUUCUGGCUGUGGAUCGAGGCCAUCCUGGACCUGAUCAAGAGACACCUGCUGUCCUUAUGGAACGAUGGGUGCAUCAUGGGUUUUGUGAGUAAGGACCGUGGGAAGGUGCUGCUGAAUAACAAGGCCCCUGGCACCUUCCUGCUGCGCUUCAGCGAGAGCAACCGCGAAGGAGCCAUCACCUUCAGCUGGGUAGAGCUGGGCACCAACGAAGAACCCCAGGUGCGCUCUGUGGAGCCCUAUACUAAGAAGGAGCUGCAGGCCGUCACCCUUCCCGACAUCAUCCGAAACUACCGCGUGAUGGCUGCCGAGAAUAUUCCGGAGAACCCCCUGCGCUAUCUCUACCCCGACAUCCCCAAGGACACGGCCUUCAAGAAGUACUACACCAAGCCCAAAGACAAGCCAGAGCCCAUGAACGUAAAGAGUCCACUGGAAGGCUACAUCAGGACGGAGCUCAUCUCUGUGUCUGAAGUUCACCCCUCUCAGCUGCAGGAUAGCAUGAUGCCCAUGUCCCCAGAGGUCUUUGGAGAGUUUCAGCGCAACAUGCCGCCCGAAUUGACCCCACUGAUCGAGGAGAUGCAGAAACUCCAAGGAGAUUACAAUAGUGACGACAGAAUGGAUGAGCUGUGAGGUGGAGAGGACGCCCCAUCACAUCACAUCAAAACAUGCCACGACUGUUCCAUCCUUUACACCCCCACUUCCCUAUUGCGGCCAGAGCAGACUACAGGAACCAGUGACCUCUGACCUUUUCUCCCACACCCCCCCCCCCCCCCCCCCCAGUGGUGCUCGGACUCACGCUGCUAGAGCUAUGCAGAGCCACUGGUCAGUUCAUGCCGCCCAGGUGCCUUUAUCCAGGAGACCCCACUGGUCCUGACUGCUCUCCUGGGAGCACGCUCGGAUAAAAAAGGACGAGUGUAUCUCAAUUUAUACCUAUACACUUGUGUGUCCUUAUAGUUGUUUCUACUCUUUCUUCCUUCUACCAUAAAAAAGGGAAACAAAUAAUUUGCCAGGCCACGUUUUUUUUGUGUUUUAAACCUUUUAUUUUGUAUUUGUCAGUGAAAUAAAUAAUUGCGAAAAGCCUGCGACAAGUACACACAUCCAUAAUUAAGCACAGGAAGCUAAACGUAGAAGGGGUGGGAAGAAAACAGGAAACAGGAACAUUGCUGCAAUACAUUCAGAUCCGUUCCCGAUGAGGCAGAACUUGCAUCUCACCUAUCAAAUGAGGGUGCAUUGGGGGCCUCUGUGCUGUCCGAUAGUUUUAAUAGAAUAAGCUUAAAACCAGGAUAUUACCAUUCACUCUAAUAAUGCUAUAUUCACUGAAGUAACAUGGACCUCACAUCACCAAAGUGAUAUUUGUUAGUAUUCUCUGAUAUUUCCCCCAAUGUCAUGUUGCUCGCAAUGUCUGUAUAUUGUUCACCGCUAUCACACCGCACCUAUCGUAUACGUCAACACUUCAACAAAAACGUUAAAACACACACACACACUCACAUUCACAUAAUUUUACACAAACAGAAGUGUCAACAGUUACUCCAUCACAAGAUUACAGCAGGACAAGAGAGUCUGUCAAGUGAUGUUGAGUGUGUGUGUGUGUGUGUGUGUAUUUGUACAUCUUUCAUAGUUACUUUGUACAGUGAAAACAAUCAGUGUUCAUUGAUUUACCUGCUCUACUAGCUUCAUUGACAGUCUAAUCUGCUGUAUGUGUCUGGCCUACUGGUGAAAUAACACGAUAAUAUCAUCGAAUAAUUGAGAAUUUGGAUGCAACUCGGCUUGUGCACUUUAACAUUUUAUAUUUGACAAAAAGCACUUAACUCUAUGAUAUACAUGGUCUACUUCUGUCUUUCAAGCUGCAAUAAAGCAACUGAGUUGUAA